UGGCCAUUUAGGUCUUAGUGUCACCUUUUUCAUUGACUUAUUUAUUUCUGGUCAUGAAAUAGUGCAGAAACGCGUUCUUUGUCCUGUGGGAUACUGUCUUUGUCUACAAAGCAAGGUUAGCACGAUGGCUUACUCAACAAGCAGUGCGCAGCUCUCCGAUCUAUCCAAACUGACAGAGCAUGAGAAGAACCACAUCAAGAGGGACCUGGAAAUGGGGAUUGUGAUGACUGUCUACAGGCAGAAAAUAGAAAGACUGACCGUCCAGAUAAUCAUGGAGACCAGACAGGUUGCUUGGACCAGGACAGCAGACAGAUACGAAGGAGUCUUGGAUUUAAGUGAGAUCAGAGAAGUCAGACCAGGAAGAAAUUGCAAGGAUUUUGAACGUUUUAAAGAGAAACAAAACGUGGAAGAGGAAAAGUGCUUCACCAUAUUGUAUGGAUCCCAGUUUGUGCUGAACACCUUGAGUCUGGCCGCUGAUUCUUUUGAAGAUACAAAAAAGUGGUUAUGCGGUUUAGAAAUACUGAAACAGGAGGCGUUGAAGGCACCUACACCUGCGAUUAUAGAAAGCUGGUUGAGAAAGCAGAUGUAUUCAGUAGACCAAUCCAAAAAAAGCAGCAUCACCAUGAAGGAGACCAAAGCCCUGCUGCCUCUAUUGAACUUUAAAGUGCUGAAUGCAAGGUUUCUUAAGGACAGGUUUGCGGAAAUAGGAGCACGCAAAGAUGUACUCAACUUUGAGCAGUUUUACAAGUUUUACAACAAUGUGAUGUUUGAAAAUCAGAAAGAAAUUCUGGAAGAGUUUAAGAAGGAGUCAUGUGCCUUCAUUAUGGGAAAUACAGACAAACCUGACUCUUCAACUGUCCUACUUUAUGACUUCCAGAGAUUUCUCAUCUAUCAACAGAAGGAAUCAUGGGCCAGUGAUCUGAACAUGGUCAGGGAGCUGAUGACAACUUUUAUUGAUGAUCUCAUGAGGAAGACAAACGACCCUGAAUUCAAUGCCGGCGAGUUCUUGAAUUACCUGUUCUCAAAAGAAAACUCCAUCUGGGAUGAGAAGUAUUCAGAAAUUAGUUUUCAGGACAUGAAUAACCCCUUGUCUCAUUACUGGAUCAACUCCUCUCACAACACGUACCUCACAGGAGAUCAGAUCCGCAGUGAAUCUUCUACAGAAGCCUAUAUCAGGUGUCUCAGGAUGGGGUGUCGAUGCAUAGAAUUGGAUUGUUGGGACGGUCCGCUAGAGCCUAUUAUCUACCAUGGAUGGACACGCACAACAAAGAUUAAAUUUGACGACGUAGUGAAAGCAAUCAAUGAUCAUGCAUUUGUCACGUCUGAGUUCCCAUUGAUUUUGUCUGUAGAGGAGCAUUGCUGUGUGGAACAGCAGCGCUACAUCUCCAGCAAGUUCAAAGAGGUGUUUGGGGAGCAGCUGUUGACGGAACCCAUUGAAGCUUUUGCAGAUCAGUUGCCCUCCCCCACACAGCUUAAACGGAAGAUCAUUAUCAAGCACAAGAAACUGAGUUCUGUGGAUGAAGAUAACAUCAUGGAUGAAUAUGUCAGCAGGGUGGAUCUGCGUAAAAGCACAAAGCAGGGGGAUCUGUGUAUCUGGGACCCCGUAGAUCAGAAAUGGAAUCGUCACUACUGUGUAAUUGCCGAUGACAAGCUGUUUUACGCUGAGGAGUAUGAAUCUGAGGAAGAACCGAACAAGAAUGUGAAGAAGACUGAGCAGCACUUCACAGAGAAGUGGUUCCACGGCAGGAUGAGAGAAGGCAGACAGACGGCUGAGAGGCUGCUCCAGGAGUUCUGUGCAGAGUCUGGGGGAAGGGAGGGGACCUUCUUAGUCCGGGAGAGCGACACUUUCAUGAAUGAUAAUACAUUAUCAUUUUGGAGGGCAGGAAGAGUUCAGCAUUGCCGAAUUCGCUCUACAGACGGCAACACUAAGUACUUCCUAACUGACAACCUCCACUUUGACAGUGUGUACAGUCUGAUACAACAUUACAGGGAGAAUCCGCUUCGCUGUCAGGAGUUUGACCUCCGAUUAACAGAUGCCGUCCCCAUACCUAAUCCACAUGAAUCCAAAGAAUGGUACUACAACAGCCUGAGCCGAGGAGAAGCAGAGGACAUGCUGAUGAGAAUCCCACGAGAUGGAGCUUUCUUGAUCCGAAGAAGAGAAGAACCUGACUCAUUUGCCAUUACAUUCAGAGGUGAUGGGAAAGUAAAGCACUGCAGGAUCCAGAAAGAAGGCAACGUGUUUGUUUUGGGAUCCUCGACUGAGUUUGAGAGCCUUGUGGAACUUGUAAAUUACUUCAGGAAAAAGCCCCUGUACCGUAAGAUAAAACUGCGCUACCCAGUCUCUGAGGAGCUGCUGCAUCGCUUCUCUGAGAAUAAGGAUUUUGGAGCUAUCUAUGAUGUCAAGAUGUAUGUGGAGCCUAACGAAAUAGAACCGUCAUUGCCUCAAAGCACAGUGAAAGCACUCUAUGACUAUAGACCAAAACGAGAUGAUGAGCUGAAUUUCUGUAAAGGAGCCUUUAUUCACAAUGUAGUCAAAGAGAGCAAUGACUGGUGGAAAGGAGACUAUGGAGGGAAAGUUCAGUACUACUUCCCAGCAAACUAUGUGGAGGAGGUAUCCGCUGAGAAGAAAGAGAAUCCUGUCAACCCGAUAAUAGAGGAUAAUCCACUUGGAGAGCUGUGUAAAGGAAUAGUGGACCUUUCAAAGUGCACUGUUUCAAAGCAAAUGAAGAAUGGCAUGCCGUUUGCAUUCACUCUACAACCUAACGAGUCGAAAGCCCUGGCCAUUGACUUUGCCACAGAAACAGUGGAGGAGCAGUUUGAGUGGUACAAGAUUGUGUGGGACAUUACACAGAAGGAAAAGAGCAAGCAGUAUAAGAUUAGCCAGAAGAAACAGUGUGAGAAGAAGAGUGAUGUUGCAGUUGAAAUAUCUGACCUUGUAAUCUACUGUCAACCAAGGAGCAAAGACAAGGAUAACUUUACGAGAUACGAUUACAGGGAGAUAAGAUCCUUUGUGGAAAAUAAGGUCCCCAAUGCAAAGGGACAAAAGGCAAAGGACUUUCUCAGGUACAACCACAAGGCACUGAGCAGAAUUUACCCCAAAGGUCAAAGAGUGGACUCCUCAAACUAUGACCCGUACUCUCUCUGGAUGUGUGGAUGUCACAUGGUGGCUCUUAACUUCCAGACACCAGAUAAAUGUAUGCAGUUAAACCAUGCCUUGUUUAGUCAGAAUGGAAGAAGUGGCUAUGUGCUGCAGCCAGAAUUAAUAAGAAGCGAGUACUAUGACCCGUAUCAGGAGAAGAAUGCUGUUAGUCAGAUCAUAACAAUACGAGUUAUUGGUGCCCGGCACCUGCCCAGACAAGGAAGGAGCAUUGCCAGUCCUUUUGUGGAAGUAGAACUGUGCGGAAUUAAUUCAGAAGAAAACAAAUUCAAAACACUUGUGAAAAGUGACAAUGGACUGAACCCAGUCUGGCCAGCCCCACCGGAGCCAGUACAGUUCAUGGUGUGUGAACCUGAGCUGGCAUUUCUCCGUUUUGUGGUGCAUGAGGAGGACAUGUUUAGUGACCCCAAUUUUCUGGCUCAUGCCACUUUCCCUGUCAAAGGCAUCAAGACAGGCUAUAGAUCAGUUCCUUUGAAAAAUGGAUUCAGCGAGGAUAUUGAGCUUGCCUCUCUAUUGGUCUUCAUCGAUAUAAAUCAAGUUGAGAAAGCAGAAGAGGAGCUCUAUUCCUCUUCCGCUCAACUCCGCAAGCGGCAGGCAGUGCUGUCCAACGAGAUGUUUUUGUAUGACACCCACCAGAACUUAUCCAGGGGGCCCUACAACCGUGACGACCUAAUGAAAGAGUUCAGCACCAAUGAGAUCCAGCUACUUAAGAUCCAGGACACUUGUAAACAGAAGAUGAAGGAGAAGAAAAUCAAUAACAGCAAGUUUUACUCAUGAAGAGCUUCUAUUUAAAACAAAAGCCUGAUAAGUCUUUGCAAUUUCAUGUUCCUGGUGGUUUCAACACCUAAAGACAAGCCUUGUGCUUUAAUCAUAGUCUCUUCUGUAAUGGACAGUGAAAAGAAGACAUUUCCCUCUUCUCUAUCCCAAUAGGACUACACAUGGGAGCAAAAGAAACCCUGUGUUCAGUGAUUAUAUUGUUGCAAUGCGGUGCAGUGAUAAUACUGUUCAGUGUGGCCAGUUAGUAAUCAUUGGGUUGUAACUGCUAGCUAUUAUUUCGUGAGAGCUCUGGACUAUCCAGAGUGGAUAUUUGUGGUUAUUUUUUAUGGGGGGGUGGGGUGUUACAGGACAAAAAAUUAUGUGGAAUGCAGAUAAUUUAGCAUUUCAUUCUGGUAGUGUGCGCUGCACAUCUGUGCAUCUUUUUACAAUUAGAAAGGUAUACGGUCCUCCACAAUUUCAUA